CUCUCCGACAGCCAACUCUCCGAUAGCAUCAACUCCGACAUCAUACUCACUGACUGCAUACUCCUCGACAGCAUCCUCUCCAAUAGCAUCAUCUCCAAGAGCAUAUUAUACGGCAGCGUACUCUACAACAUACUACUCUUCGAAAGCAUACUCUCAGACAACAUUUUCUCCGACAACAUCCUCUUUGACAGCAUAGUCUCCAACAGCUUCCUCUCCGACAGAAUACUCUCCAUCAGGAUACUCUCCGACAGCUUAAUAUCCAACAACAUCCUCAACGACUGCAUACUCACCGACAGCAUACUGCUCGACGGCAUCCCUUCCAACAGAAUACUAUCCGACAGCAUAUUCUCCGACAGCCUAUUCUCCGAUAACCUACUCCCCGACGGCAUAGUCUCUGACAACCUCCUCUACAACAUCAUCGUAACCGAAAGAAUACUGUCCGAAAGCAUCCCAUCCUACAACAUUCUCACCGACAGCAUCCUCUCCGACAACAUAUUUUCCGAC